UUCAUUAAACUGAUACAAUGAAGGUCUUGCAAAUCGCUCUCGUAUUUUCGGCUAUUGUGGCCAUAGCCUUCGCUGCAAACGCCAGUUGGGGGGCUAAACUGUCCAGCAGUAAGUUGGUCAGCACUCAGAACGUGACCCUUCACAAGAAGGCAAACCAAUAUGUGAGCAGUCUCAUCAGUUUCCCCCUGACGGGCCAGACCAACACAAAAACCAUUCGGUACAUUAGCAUAACUGAUAGGUUUACCAACAGUUCGGGACCGUCUUCCACCUUGUGGUCAGGUGGGCCAGGAUUCAUUAGUGCCAAGGUCAAUGUCACGAGCCAGCUUUCCCAAGGUAUCAACGUGACUGCUCAAUUUUGGGUCGAUGCCUAAGCUUCCCGGAUAAAAAUCGUAAAAUUUCAUGUUUUGUAAUUAAUUUUGUAAUUCAUAAAUAAUUAAAUUGGUAAAUAAAUAUUUUCAAAGCUCAAGACAAACAAUCGUAGUGUGCGGUUCCACAGUUAACAAUUUAUUGUGUCAGAAAAUGAGGUCUAUUGUUGAUUUCUGAUUUAUUCUAGGAAAAAAGUUUACACCUCUUAUAAUUAAAAUAAUUUUUAAAUUUUUGUAAUAAAAACAAUAAGAAAAUAUGUUUUAUUACACUUAAGGUGCCACAGAAACUAAUACAUACAUAA